AGCCGCUGCGACAAGGAAAAGCUGCGUUUCUGUGGAGCAGACACAGACGCACACCUCCCUCUCCAAUCCCUGACUCGAAUCUGGCCUUAUAAGGAACAUCGUUCGUUUAUUAUUAUUAUUAUUAUUAGAGGUUAUUUGCACCAUGCCCAGCUCGACAACGUGGCAGCUCUACGACGAGGAGCACAACGUGUCUGCCGUUCUGACCGAGGCGGCGAGGGCGUGCGUGAGCGAAAACCCACGGAAUGCCACGGACUACUUCGCACGCUACUUCCGCGAAGUGGCAGGAGGCACAUCCAUAAAGGAUCUUUGUGGCAGCGAGGUGGUGGGCAGCAACGCCGGACCGGCGCUGGCCUUCACGCUGGAGCUCUGCACCGGAACGGUGGUGUCGAUCACCACGUCUGACGCUACGUUAGUUCUCGGCGCCGGUCUCGUGGGCACAGAGACCGCGAAGGACGGGUGCAACAAAGACGAAGAAGCAGACGUGUAUGAGCAGUGCGAUCAACUGUUUCACACGGUGCAGUCUUCUCUCAUUCCUCAAUUGUGUUGCCUCGGCAGUGUCGAAUCGCAGUCUGUGUGGGACACGGUGAUCGAGAGUGUGUGGAAGGAGCCCAUCGCCUUUACGCCCUGCAUUCAGUGGGCGAUGAGCAUGCUGGCGUCUCUAGCCACCGCAAAGCAGCGCCGCAUUGGACUUUAUCAGCAUUUUGGCGGUUUGCUCGCCGCCGCCCCAUGCCACGUGGACGGUGCUUCCGAUAGUCACAACGACAGCAACAAAGAGCUUGUCAUGGCCGCUACCAGAAAUUCGUUCUCCAGCUCCGAGAGGAAUCUGGCUGCCGCAGCCGGCCGACACUACGCCCUUCCACAGCUGCUCGUGCCAUUUGUGGUGAGCGAUGCCGGCGCGAUCGGCAGCGACGCCGCGGCGGCGGUGGGUCUGGUGCACUUUGCGAAAGUCUACGUCGGUCUCGAGCCCAUCACCUCCCUCACCGAGGCGGGCGAUGUGGAGGGGGAGGAGAAGAGCAGCAGCAACAACACCAAGAGCAGCGCAGGUGUCGCCCCCGUGGAGGGGAAGACGUUGCGGCGCCGCAUCCAGUUGCUGCACCGUGCGGCUCAUGUUUUCCUCACCGCCAACCCCGCCGCACACGUAGGGUCGGAGGGCUGUCUCUACUGGGGCGGCGCCGGUAGUUUGGCGGAUGUCGUGAAGGCCGUCACGGACGCCCUGGAGGCAGUGGAGUUGCAACCCGGCGUAGACGUGUGCAUCGGGGUCUCACUGGGUGUAAACACCAUUCGUGUGCGGAACAACGAGGAAGGGGAGGGCGGCACGAAGGUCACCGCUAGUACCACCGCGACGACAACAUCCCACAGCAAAGCUGCCGCAGCGGCGGCCGCGGCUGCGGCUGCAGCCGACACGUCCGGUCUGUACAACUUCUUCUGCGGUGAGCCGUCCAUUACAGGGGAGCAGCUGGUGGAGUACUUAAAAGAACAGCUGGAGGAGAUCGGCCAUGGCGUUGUGCAAUACUUGGAGGACACGCACUCGAUGGACGACACCGUCGCACGUCAGCGACUUCAACUCGCCCUGCAGGACUCCAUCAUGCUGUCCGGCAACAGCGUAUUGGACGAAGACCGAAGCGGUGAGGACAGGAGUGCCGUGGGUCCGACCUACGCGGAGCGGCGAACCGCAGAGGCGUUAGCAGCCACGUACCCGACCACGGUGAUCGACCUCGCGAGGUGCGGGUCUGUGCGUGCGGCGGCGCAGCUGCUGCAGACCACGUCCGACGCCGGUAAAUCCGCCGUGACGGCGUUGGUCGGUCCCCAGGCCGGGGACGCGGCGGCCGCGGCGCACGUGGUGGAUUUGGCGGUCGCAGGAAAGGCUUCGUGUCUCAUGACAAGCUCCGGCCCUUUAUCUGCCGUCACGAUGGCUGUAGUGAGUCGAUUGGCGGAAAUUGCAACGGUGCUGGCGGCGUCGCAGACGAUGGCACCUCGUGUGGCGUUCCAAACCUUCAGUCGGCACGACCUCCCUCCCUUGCCGCAGUUGGAUGUGGCGCCCAUCCGGCACAAGGGAGACAAGAAGAAAAAGGACGCGCGGAAGAACAUCGCAAAGAAAAAGAAGUAA